UCAGCCCAGACGUUUAGCAGCUGUUGCUGUGGCUGAAAGAGUGGCAGCAGAAAGAAGAGAGAAGAUUGGCCAGACAAUUGGUUACCAGAUCCGGUUAGAAAGCAGGGUUUCUCCAAAGACACUGGUAACAUUCUGCACUAAUGACAUGCUCCUUGGCACGCUGAUGGCAGGAGACAGCACCCUCUCCACCGUGACCCAUGUUAUUGUGGAUGAAGUACAUGAGAGGGAUAGGUUCAGCGACUUCUUGCUAAUAAAACUGAGAGAUGUGCUGCAAAACCAGCAUCAUUUAAAACUAAUUCUUUCUGGUGCUGCUGUAGAUACAAAUCUCUUUAUUAGGUAUUUUGGAAGCUGCCCAGUAAUACAUAUCCAAGGGAGGCCUUUUGAAGUUAAAGAGUUGUUUCUGGAGGACAUUUUACGAAGCACUGGGUAUACAAACAAAGAGAUGGUGAAGUACAAAGAAGAGAAGCAGCAAGAAGAGAAACAGAAGUACACUCUUGCUGAGUGGUGUUCAGCUCAAGGCAACAGUAACAAAAGGACAUCUCGGAGACAAAAAUCGGUUCCAAGGGCAAAUGAGGAGUACAAAUGGUUGGGUGAUGGUGGUGACACAGUAUUUAAUCAACUGACUGAAAAAGAUGUGAAUUGCCUUGAACCGUGGAUAGUAAAAGAAAUGGAUUCCUGUCUUUCUGACAUCUGGUUGCAUAAAGAUACUGAUUCGUUUGCUCAGGUGUUAAAUCUUAUUUUAACUGAAAAUGUCAGUGUUGAUUAUAGGCACAGUGAAACUGGUGCGACUGCUCUGAUGAUUUCUUCAGGGAGAGGCUUUUUGAGUCAAGUAGAACAGUUGAUCAGCAUGGGAGCAAGUAUCCACUGCAAAUCAUCUAAUGGCUGGAUGGCUGUGGACUGGGCUAGGCACUUUGGACAGACAGAGGUUGUUGAUCUGUUGGAAUCCUACAGCGCUUCAUUUGCAUUUGGAAAUCUGGAUGAAAGUUCCCUGGUCCAAAAUAGUGGUAGUGACCUUAGUGCAGAGGACAGAGAACUACUGGCAGCUUAUCAUCACAGUUUUGAUGAUGAAAAAGUGGAUCUGGAUCUGAUAAUGCACUUACUUCACAGCAUCUGUCAUAGUUGUGAUGCAGGAGCAAUUUUAAUAUUUCUUCCUGGGUAUGAUGAGAUAGUGAGCCUCAGGGACCGCAUUCUUUUGGAUGACAAGAGAUUUGCUGCUAAUGCUCACAGAUACCAAGUUUUCAUGCUUCAUUCAAGUGUGCAGACUUUGGAUCAGAAGAAAGUGCUUGAAACUCCACCUUUUGGCAUCCGCAAAAUUAUUCUUUCUACUAAUAUUGCAGAAACCAGCAUAACAGUCAAUGAUGUGGUGUUUGUCAUUGACUCAGGCAAGGUGAAAGAGAAGUCUUUUGAUGAGCUGAGUCGUGUUCCAGUGCUAAAAAUGGGCUGGAUUUCAAAAGCCAGUGCUGUCCAGAGAAAAGGCAGGGCUGGGCGCUGUCAGCCUGGAGUCUGCUUUCGUCUCUUCAGCAGGCUGCGAUUUCAGAAUAUGUUGGAAUUUCAGUCUCCAGAACUUCUAAGAAUGCCGCUUCAGGAGAUUUGUUUGUACACAAAACUUCUGACUCCAAUUAAUUGUCCAGUUGUAGACUUUCUUAUGAAAGCUCCAGAUCCGCCGCCUGCUGUAACUGUGAGAAAUGCUGUGCAUAUGCUUAAGACCAUAGAUGCCAUGGACCCUUGGGAAGAUCUCACUGAGCUUGGUUAUCACCUCACUGAAUUGCCUGUAGAGCCACACCUCGGUAAAAUGGUGUUGUAUGCUGUAGUUCUGAAGUGCCUGGACCCCGUUCUGACCAUUGCCUGUGCUCUUGCCUGCCAAGACCCUUUUGUGCUGCCCACGCUGGCCUCCCAAAAGCGAGCAGCCGUGCUGUGCAGGAAGCGUUUUGCUGCCGGGACGUUCAGUGACCACAUGGCCCUGCUCAGGGCUUUCCAGGCAUGGCAGAAGGCCCGCAGUGACGGCUGGGAGAGAGCCUUCUGUGAAAAGAACUUCGUAUCCCAAGCCACAAUGGAAAUCAUUGCAGGAAUGAGAACACAGUUGCUUGGCCAGCUUAGAGCCUCAGGUUUUGUGAGAGCCAGAGGAGGAGCUGAUAUUAGAGAUGUUAAUGCUAACUCUGAGAACUGGGCUGUGAUUAAAGCUGCCUUAGUGGCCGGGAUGUAUCCCAAUCUGGUGCAUGUAGACAGAGAAAGCCUGCUGUUGACUGAACCAAAGGAGAAGAAAGUGCGAUUUCAUCCUACCUCUGUUCUUGGCCAGUGUCAGUAUAAAAAGAUUGCCCCAGCAAAUGGACAAGCUGCAGCCAUCCAGGCCCUCCCUACAGACUGGCUUAUAUACGAUGAAAUGACGGCAGCUCACAGGACAGCAAACAUCAGGUGCUGCUCUGUUGUGACACCUGUCACCGUGUCCCUCUUCUGUGGACCAGCCAGACUGCCAAGUAAUGCCUUGCAGGCAUCUUCAUCCUUUCGAGGGGGAUGGGUAUCUAAUGAUAGCAGUGACAGUGAGAUGGAGGACAAAAGAGCUGCUGAUCUGCCACUGCUGAAGCUGGAUGAAUGGCUCCAUCUCAAACUGGACCCUGAAGCUGCUGGUAUGCUGCUGCAACUCAGGCAGAAGUGGCACAGCUUGUUCCUGCGUCGUAUGCGAGCUCCUUCUAAGCCGUGGUCUCAGGCUGAUGAAACAACUGUAAGAGCAAUUACAGCUGUUCUGAGUGCUGAAGAACAGUCUGCAGGUCUGCAGCAGCCUUCAGGAAUUGGCCAGAGACCAAGACCUGUGACUUGUGAAGAGCUUCCUUUGGCAUCUACAUGGAAGUCAACCAACAGCAGAAAAAGCUCAACAGAAACUGAAUUGUCUGCCUCCUCUCAUGCUGAAAAGGUUUCAGUGAAAUCUGCUUCUCCUGCACUCCGCCAGCCAAAGAAGUACAAAGAAAAAGACAUUUUGCUGUCCAGACGAUCCUCAGCUGACAAACCAGCUCAGUCCUCAGUGAAGCCUGCAGAGAGCAGUAGCUGUUCCAGCCCCUGUGCUAGUCCUCCUUCUCCAGUGUCUGGAAAGGUAGAGUUCUCUAACAUAUCACCCUGCUCUUCCAAAGUAAUAGAAUUUCUUGCUGAUCUCAUUCUGCAAUUAGGUAUUUUACUGAUAAAUUAGGAACCUAACUUAACUUUCCAUUUAUAACAGCUGCAUAAUACUUCCUUCUGGAACUUA